GGGCAAAACAAAAAGAGACUAUUCCAACUUUCAGGGUUUAAGAGGUUUUCCCACAAAACCAUCAUCACCUGGUAGCGAAUGAUGAGUCGCACUCUUCGUUCCAAGACGCUUCCUUUGCUCUUCCGCAACCCCAAAGUGAACCCAUGUGAACUCUGGGCAGUUCCAUUCCAAGCCCUUUUCUCCACACACGUUGUUGGUGAAAAACCAGUUCUCGUUCGUGAUUUCAUUCAUUCUGCACUAUAUGACCCUCGACAUGGUUAUUUCGCUCAAAGAUCGAGGUCGGUUGGUGUGCUUCAGAAAGCCAUUAAGUUCAAUCAGAUUGAGGGCAGGAAAGCUUACAUGAAAUACUUGGAUAAAAUAUACAAGGGAAGUGAGAUAUCGUGGUUUACUCCUGUGGAACUUUUUAAGCCUUGGUAUGCCCACGGGAUAGCUGAAGCCAUAAUGCGUACUGCUAACCUUUCAGUUCCCCUCAAGAUAUAUGAAAUUGGUGGUGGAUCAGGAACUUGUGCAAAGGGAAUCAUGGAUUACAUAUUGUUGAAUGCACCUACCAGAGUUUACAACAAUAUGACUUACGUCUCAGUUGAAAUCAGUCCCUCACUGGCUGAGCUACAAAGAGAAACUGUUGGAGAAGUUCGUAGUCACUUAUCAAAGUUUCGAGUCGAAUGCCGUGAUGCUGCUGACAGGAAGGGAUGGGGGGAUGUGGAGCAAGAGCCAUGCUGGGUAAUAAUGCUCGAGGUACUUGAUAAUCUUCCACAUGAUCUCAUCUAUUCUGAAAAUCAAGUUUCACCAUGGAAGGAAGUUUGGGUGGAGAACCAAGAUGGAGAAACACUAUCUGAAUUGUACAAGCCAUUGCAAGACUCACUAAUUAAGCGAUGCAUUGAGAUCAUCGACUUCGAGAAAAAACAUGAUUCUCAAAGCAGUGCAUUAUUGAAAGCAAAAAGUGUUUGGUCUAAAGUCUUCCCAAAACCUCGAAGAAGUUGGCUACCAACUGGUUGCUUGAAACUACUUGAAGUGUUACAUGGAGCACUACCAAAGAUGUCUUUGAUUGCUUCAGACUUUAGUUACCUACCUGACGUGAGAAUACUUGGUGAAAGAGCUCCAUUGGUUUCUACCAAGAAAGAUGGCAGCAGCUCAGACUAUGGCAGUUAUCUUGAUGCAAAGGGGGAUGCUGAUAUCUUCUUCCCCACUGAAUUUUGGUUAUUGGAACGUAUUGAUCAUUACUGUUCUGGAUGGAUGAAGCUGCAAAAAGAUAACUCAUCCAAAGAAGGAAAGAAGAGGCGAACAAUUAUACUUGAUACAUCUUCAUUCAUGGAAGAAUUUGGAUUGCCCUCGAGGACAAGAACCAAGGAUGGAUACAAUCCACUUUUGGAUGACUUCAAGAAUACAAAAUUCUAUCUAAGUGUCCCAACACAUAAUACUUCAUAGAAGGCUGGUACUAGUGACUAAAUUUCCAAGAAAGUAGCUGGUUCUGAAUCUGCAGUUGGCUUACUUUGUCUUGCUGAAUCUGGGUAUCAAAACUAUAUGAGUAGUGCACCACCAGCUCAACAUUUACUUGUAGUUACCUGCAUGGUCAAAGUUAUAUGGAUAAAGAGUAUCUGACUUCAAAUAUAGAUAUCUAUGGGCGAAUCGCUAUAAAACAAUGAUAUUAUUGCUAUUGAAGAUGAAAAAUGCAACUCGGCUUUGGUAUGAAUGCACAAGAUGAGAAGAAGUUUAAAGAGUAGGAUCCUGUAAAAAAGAGGAUGCCAUAUUGCCAUUGAAGCUGGGGCAUUCUCAUUUUUGUUUCACUUCUACCUGUCUUUUCUAUUUGUUUCAGUUCUGAACUUCUGAGAGGAAGAUCUCAUAUGGUUAUAUUUCUACACCCCUAUAAAUCAGUUUAUAAAAGUUACUACAAUAAUCCAAAAUUCUUUGCAUC